AACAUUUGAAGUAAAACCUAGACCAGUUUGGACGGUUUUCUUUUGUAAAUUUACGAGCAGCUAAUCUUACUGAGCGGAUGUUGAUGUUAUUAACGUCAAACUAAGUUGAGCUGCACCGAGGAAGCAUCGUUGCGUCUCUUCCUUCAUUACAGGUUUCUUAAAUCGUGACUGGGUCAUUAUUUUCCAGGUGUAAAAGAGUGAAAGCACAGGAGAGUCGUGCAAGAAGUCGUGUGUUCCGCCCUUCUUCCUACCCAGACAUCUGGACAGUAUGUCUAAUGAUCCUCCUCCUCCAUAUCCAGGGCCCAACGCACCGCCCUUUGAUGAGAAGAAUGGACAAAGAGUUCCCAUAACAACUGCUCCUCUACUGGGACAGCCACUGCCUCCAGAAUAUGGUCCUCCACCUUACGAGGGCCACCAGCCGGGCUUUCUGCCCCCACACGUCCCUGGAGAAGGACCCAUGCCAAUGCCAAUGCCGAUGCCUCCACCACCGCAAGGUGGCAUUUACCCACCACCUCCGGGUCAUUAUCCUCACCCGAUGCCUGGACACAUGGGCCCCGGCUCCAGUCACUUUGUUCACAUGGGGGGCCACACAGCAACCGUCCUGGCUCCUCCGGGGGGGGCCACCACCGUGACCGUACUGCAGGGGGAAAUGUUCCAGACGUCACCUGUGCAGACAGUUUGUCCACACUGUCAGCAGGCGAUCGUGACCCGCAUCUCUCACGAUGUGGGUCUCAUGAACACACUCUUCUGCCUCUUCUGUUUCUUCGUUGGUUGCGACCUGGGCUGCUGCUUGAUUCCCUGUCUGAUUGACGACCUCAAGGAUGUGACACACACCUGCCCCAACUGUAAGGGCUACAUUUACACAUACAAGCGUAUAUGCUAACCCACCGACAGCUGUUUGUUGCACAGAGACAUGUACGGGCACACACCUAUACUCACAGCACCUCAGGCUGCAGGUGAUGUCAGGCUCUGAUCCCCUCUCCCCCAUGCUUCUUUUUUCGCAAGUGUUGUGUAGCCUUCCUCAAUCGUAAGUGUAGUUUUAUCACGAGUUCGCAGAAAAUGAGCCAUUUCGGUAAUUCUUUUAGAAUUGACGUAAUAAAAAAUGCAUUUAAACACAAAAAAACCUCUCGCUGAACUACACAGGGUGCAGGACUCUGAUGUGAUUAUAGGCAGAUGAUCGUGAUCCUACGUGAAGAAUGAUUUUUUUUUUCUUUCCGUGUCGCAUUUGUUAAAAGGAUAAGUGAAAACAAACUGUGAAACGGGUCAUUAUAUUUAUUCAAAAUAAUCUGUGCGUAUUACGUAUGUUACAUAAUCGUUAUUUUCUUAUUUUAAAUAUUGGACUAACUACUCGUGGUCAGUUUAUUUUUGUGAAAUUCACAUUUUGACACUGUUGUUACGUUGUUUUGAAUCCUUUGGUUUUGACUGCAUUGUGGAUGCAAGGAGACGAAGGGCCAUUGUAUUUUUGCAAUGCUAACGUAAGGACUGGUGAUAAUUGAAGGAAAAAAAAAAAACUAAACGGCAUUGAGACUCCUGGGUCUUUUUAUUGGGCACUUUUCUUAACAGUAAAAGAUUUUCUUCAGGCAAGCUAAAGCAGCCAAUCAGAUGCAAUCUCUGCCGCCUUAGGAAAAGCUGAAUUUCGUUCAAGUCGUUUAACCGUGUUGAUUUUUUUUUUUUUUAAAUGUCUAGAAGUCUCUCAGUACUUAGAAUGGACAUUAACGUGGUAGAGUUGAAGACGUGCAAUUUAAUCAUUAAACUUUGACCCUCCUGAUCCUUACUAAAUCCUGUUACCUUUAGUUUUUUUUUUUAAAUUAUUUGUCAUUGUUCAAGAUAGGCUUGUUUGAUGAAGGAGCUUACACUGUUAACCUGCCGGACUUCAUUGACUAAUUAACACAGUGUUGAUUAAUUAAAGACUUCAUUACCGUCUGUUCAUGCUGUACGUGUUUCUGAGAUUAAAGCUAACAUUUGCACUUUAUGUUGAAUUACCCUCUCUUACAUAUAUUUCCCAGCCUUUACUAAUCCUUUAAAGAAAAAUAAACAUGAUUUGAAAUGUUGUUCAAA